AUGGGGUGGAAACAACUUACGCAGGGCGGGACUGGCUUGAACAAGCGCGACGGAGACCAAAGAUUGAACCCUAGCGGAGGUGAUUGCGGCUGCUCAAAGGGUUUGGGAGAUCUGUUUCAGCAAAGUGAGACAAGAAUGAAACAUCAUCUUGCUGGAACAAAGAAGAAUGUCAUUGCUUGUACAUCUGUUCCUGAUGAUGUUAGAGAAAUGUUUUUGAAGUUAUUAGAAGAUAAAGAAAAAAUAAAAGAAGCAAAUCGGGUAGAUUGUUUUGAAGAAACAGAUAUUCAAUGUAGUAAGAAGGGGAAACAAGGAGUUGCAAAACAGACAACCAUAAAUGAAAUGUUUAAAGAUAGAGAGUUGGUGAUUCAAGAUAUUUGCAACUGCAUAUAUGGGAAUGCUUUGCCAUUUAAUUUGGUAAGAAGCUCCUUAUUUACCCAAAUGUUGAAAUUUGUUGGGGAAUAUGGAAAGGGUUUAAAGCCUCCAACUUAUCAUGAAGUUAGAGUAUCUUAUCUGAAAAAAGCGGUUGACAAUAUCCAAGCUAGUUUGGAGAAAUAUAAGGUUGAAUGGGAAAAAUGGGGAUGUACUUUGAUGUGUGAUGGUUGGACAGAUGGAAAAGGGAGGUCUCUUACCAACUUUUUAGUUAAUAGUCCAAGCGGAACAUUGUUCUUAAAAUCUAUUGAUACCAGUAAUGUGAUCAAGGAUGCUAAACAAAUGUUUGAAUUGUUAGAUUCUGAAGAAAUUGGGGAGGAUAAUGUCGUGCAAGUUGUGACAGAUGGUGCUUCUAAUUUUGUGGCAGCAGGAAAGAUGUUAGAAGAGAAGAGAACUAAACUAUUUUGGUCUCUGUGUGCAGCUCAUUGUCUUGACUUAAUUCUUGAAGACAUUGGAAAAGAAUUAGCUCGACCAGCAGUCACAAGAUUUGCAACUGCUUUUCUAACCCUUCAGUGUAUAGCACAACAGAAAAAUGCUCUUCGAGGUAUGUUUGUUUCAAAAGCAUGGACAACUAGUAAACAUGCUAGUAAGACAGAAGGUAAACAAGUAGUGAGCAUUGUUUUAUCUGAUGUUAGAUUUUGGAAAUCUAUCCAAUAUUGCCUGAAAUGUGUCACUCCACUUGUAAAAAUACUAAGGCUUGUGGAUGGAGACUCAAAACCUGCAAUGCCAUAUAUUUAUGAAGCUAUGGAUAGAGCUAAAGAGCAAAUAGCUGCAAAUUUCAAGAAUGAAAAAUCUCGUUAUAAAAAGGUGUGGAAAAUAAUUGAUACUCGUUGGAAUUUGCAGUUACAUAGACCUCUUCAUGCUGCUGCUUACUACCUUAAUCCUAAGUAA